ACUUCCGGUCUUCUUCCUCUGGAAAAAGCGCAGCAAUGGCGUCUUGUAGUGAGGAGACUGUUACAGCUCCUGAGGAGGAUCAAACUGAAACUCUCGCAUCCCAGAAGAGAGAAGCGAGACUACGGAAAUUUCGAGAGUUACAUUUCAAACGGAAUGAAGCACGUAAGCUCAAUCACCAGGAGGUUGUGGAGGAGGACAAGAGACUGAAACUGCCCGCUAACUGGGAGGCUAAGAAAGCCAGACUGGAGUGGGAGCUUGCAGAAAACGAAAAGAAAAAGGAAUGUGCUGCCAGAGGGGAGGACUAUGACAGAGUGAAACUGCUUGAAAUCACUGCUGACGAUGCAGAGCGCUGGGAGAGGAAGAAAAAGAAGAAGAAUCCAGACACAGGAUUUGCAGGUUACGCCGAGGCCCAAUUCCGACAGUACCAGAGGCUCACCAAGCAAAUCAGACCAGACAUGGAAACCUAUGAGAGGCAGAGGGAGCAAUGUGGUGAGGACUUCCACCCCACAUCAAAUAGCCUGAUCCACGGCACCCAUGUUCCCACAAAGGAAGGUAUUGACCGUAUGGUGGAAGAUGUUGAGAAACAGAUAGAGAAGCGGGCCAAGUACAGCCGACGCAGAGCCUACAACGACGACGCAGACAUCGACUACAUUAACGAGAGGAACGCCAAGUUCAACAAGAAGGCGGAGCGCUUCUACGGGAAAUACACAGCAGAGAUCAAACAGAACUUGGAGAGAGGCACAGCUGUCUAGUGGGUCCGGUCAUCUCCGUGGACAUGUUUUGUCUUCACGUAGGAGACUUCGGUGCAUCUUUUUCUCCUCAGUACUGGCUGUAUAAAUAAAUUACAAAUGCCAAAAUGAACUCUACAAUGUAAGGGAGUUGUCUGACACUUUUUAUAUCAUGCUAAACUUGUUUUGAUCUGAAAGAUUUGUGAUUUGUGGUGUUCCUUUGUACAGUAUUAGAAGUUAAAACAACUGUUAUGAUUAUUCUUUAUUUUUAAAUAAACCACUUCCAGUUAUCUUA